GUUGUGUCGGAGUCAAACACUUUAUGUUCCCACCAUGGCUGUUUCUGUGGAGGAGGUUUCUUCGUCUCUUGUGAGGGAAUACCUGAGUCGGAAGGGACUGAAGAGAACCAUCAGCUGUAUGGAUGAGGAGCAUCCCCGCACAGAGGCCAGCAUCAACAACAGAUCCCACCUGAGGCAGAUCCUCCACAUAGAGAGUCUGUACAGAGAGAACAAGGUUCUCAGCUCCCCCCUGAAAACUUUACUGGAGAUUAUUGUGAAGCAUCACAUCGCAGGUCUGCAUGAUGACGAGGUGCCCAGCAGUGAGAGUGAGUGUCUGCUGUCUGCUUCAGCUGCAGGCUCGGCUGCUCCUCCUGCAGUCACACCAGGAGAGAUGAACGAGGACAACACAGCCGCCUUGGUUAUUAGCAAACGCAUCAGACCGAGGUCUGAUGCAGAAGAUAUCCCCUCUUUUCAACCUUCAUAUACCUCAUCGAUGCCUGAUAGUCUGUCCAGCAAUAAUCAAACGUGCUUCCAAACCUAUGACUCAGAGGAUCACAAAGCUCAUCCCCUGUUGGCCCCUGCCCAGGACAACGAGAGCUUCACGAGAAGAGAACCAGAGAAAAAGACGACCAUCACUGAGAGCACCCAAAGGAGCAAAACUAAUCGAAUUAGACGUGGCAUGAUGGCUGGACCAAUAGCAAGUUCCCCUCAGGAAUCAAAUAAAAAAAGGCUAAGUCGAAGGGUAGAAGCUCCCCAGCUGCCGCCCAGAAAACCAGAAGAACACAGGAAGUCGAGCAAUGGACUCUUGGUGACUGGCUCACACCCCAAAAGCUUGGAAAGUGGUGAAACAGAAAUAUGGUCAGCUGACUGCGUAGGAGGGAGACAGGAGUUGCUGAGUGCACCAGAGAGAAAGCAGAGUGAAAACAGCUUUGAGAAAGUGGGGCAAGACUCGCUCAAGACCAGCAAAGUAAAGACCAGACCCAGUGUGGCGGAUUUGGAUGUGUCCGAGAUGGCUUUAGAUGACAUUGAUGACGAGCUGCAAGAUCUCUCUAAAGUCUCCUUCCAGAGAAGCCUCAGAGAGCGCAGCUGUGCGGGCCGUCCGAUGGACCGACACACUGCCGUGGAAUUGAAAGCGAUUCUUCUCGGUUCCAACGUAAGUUCCUUCAGCGCUGAGUGGAGGAAUCAGGGCUUCACGUUCUCUGAAACGCACGACCUGAGAUAUGGAAUUGUGCAGAAAAAGGGUGGUCCUUGUGGAGUUCUGGCAUCCAUCCAAGCCUUUGUUCUAAAGAAGCUGCUGUUUGAGAACAGCGAAAGCAAGAACGCAGGCCUCCAGAGAUUAACACCUUCCAGCAAUACCAGAAGAAGGUGUCUCAUUUUAGCCGUGGCUGAAAUCCUGUGGAGGGCUGGCGAGGAGAAACAAGCCACAGUUGCAAUAAGUACAGGAAGAAAUCAUUUCACCCCAACAGGACACUACAAAUCUGAAGGUCUGCUUGAAAAGAUAACAGUUUUCUCUGCGGAGAGCAUGAAGGAUCUGCAGCUGCUGUUAGAGCAGCAUAUUGAGCAGUUUGAGACGGGAGUGUUAGGUUGCAUUCUGCUGACCCUAUCUGCUGUUCUGUCUCGAUCUAUUGAAAAAAUAAGAGAAGAUAUGGACGUGCCCACCACCACCCUCAUCGGAGCUCACGGUUACUGCACUCAGGAGCUGGUCAACUUGUUGCUCUGCGGCAGAGCAGUUUCUAACGUGUUUGACGAUGACAUGGAGUUAGACUCGGGAAAUGGAAACAUGACUCUACUCAAGGGAAUGAAAGGCCGCUGUGACGUGGGCCUGCUGUCCCUAUUUGAACAUUAUAACAUCUGUAAGGUAGGAGCUUACAUGAAAACUCCCCGUUACCCCAUCUGGGUCGUGUGCAGUGAGAGCCACUUCAGCGUGCUCUUUGGCCUGCAGAGGGAGCUGUUGACCAAUCCGGACAGAGAUCUGGAGUUUGACCUGUACUAUUAUGAUGGACUGGCCAAUCAACAGGAGGAGAUCCGGCUCACUGUCUCUGUAGGUAAAUCGACCAUGAGCAGCCAGGACCCUGAUCUCAUUCCUCCGCUGGAGCACUGUAUCCGAACAAGGUGGACAGAUGCAUUUGUCAGUUGGAAUGACACAGAGCCUAUUCUCUAA